CUCCUUGUCCGCAUCUCAUUACGCGAGUCCCGCUGUAGGUGAAGCUGCGUCUCUCUGCCAUUCUCAAGCAGGUGUCCAACAUGGCGAACGCUCGCAGCGGCUCUCUGGCGACUAUUCUCUUUCUCUUCGCCUUUCCUGCGGCUCUCCACCAAGGAUCUGCGCAGGAACCAGUGGUGAGUCAGAACCUGGUGACGGACGACGUGGCCGUGGUGGAGGGAGAGACGGCGAUCAUCAGCUGUCGGGUGAAGAACAACGACGACUCUGUCAUCCAGCUUCUCAACCCCAACAGACAGACGAUCUACUUCAGAGACAUGAGACCGCUGAAAGACGGCCGCUUUCAGCUGGUGAACUUCUCAGACAACGAGCUGCGGGUGUCGCUGUCUAACGUCUCGCUGUCAGAUGAGGGCCGAUAUGUUUGCCAGCUCUACACAGACCCCCCGCAGGAAGCCUACGCCGACAUCACAGUGCUAAUUCCUCCAGGUAACCCCGUCAUCGAGGCCAAGGAUGAGGUCCUUAGCGAGGGCAACGAGACGGAGAUGACCUGCACUGCCAUGAGCAGUAAGCCUGCAGCCACCAUCAGAUGGAUGAAGGGAGAUAAGGAGCUCUCAGGGAAGCCCAAAGUGGAGCUGACCUAUGACAAGAUGUACACAGUGACCAGCCGCGUGACGUUCACCGUCAGCAAGGAGGACGACGGCGUCCCUGUGACCUGCAUCGUGGACCAUCCUGCAGUCAAGGACUUCCGAGCACGCAAAAACCUGGAGGUGCAAUACAAGCCGGAGGUGAAGAUCGUGGUGGAGUUUCCUCACGGUCUGACAAGAGAAGGAGAGACGCUGGAGCUGACGUGUGAAGCCAAAGGCAAACCUCAGCCGCAGCGGGUGAGCUGGCAGAAGGUGGACGACGACGUCCCGUCCCACGCGGUCAUCAUCGGUGGGGAUCUCUACAUCGAGAACCUGAACAAGUCCUACAACGGCACGUACCGGUGCGUGGCGUCCAACCCGCUGGGGGAGUCUUUUGACGACUACGUCCUCUACGUCUACGAUGCUCCCACCACCACCCCUAAACCCACCACAGCCACCAUCACUACCACCUCCAUCACCACCUCCACCCCGAACCCCGAAGCUAGUCAAGACACUGUGCCCGGCGCUGAACCUGCAGCUCAUGACUCUCGAGCUGGAGAAGGAGCCCCCAGGACGGUGGACCACGCCGUCAUCGGAGGAGUGGUGGCCGUGGUCGUCUUCGCCAUGCUCUGCCUGCUCAUCGUUUUGGGACGCUACUUCGCACGACACAAAGGUACCUACUUCACACACGAAGCCAAAGGAGCGGACGACGCGGCGGACGCAGACACAGCCAUCAUCAACGCAGAGGGCGGCCACACCAACUCGGAUGAAAAGAAGGAGUAUUACAUCUAACCCUGAAUGAAGACCCCCCACCCCCCACCCCACCCCGCCACCUCCCCACCCUCGCGCGGGUGUCCUCGCCGCCACGUGGAGCCGUUUUCCCGGGGAUGGGGCAGGGUUAGACGGAUUGGGAUGGCUUUUUAGUGGAGAGUAGAGGGGACGUGGAGGAGGGAUUUUAACAGAAAGGCCUGGUUUUACGCCGUUGUUUAGUCUAGUCUGCAGAUGUAGAUGGAAUGUUAUUUGUGUUUAAGAUACAAAAAAAAUAAAAUUAAAAAAAAAAACUACUUCUUGGAGUAAAGCGAGUCGGGGUCUUGGGGUGGGGGUGGGAUGGGGGCGCCAGACGUUGCCAGAAAUCACUGUAGAGAGCUUCACCGUUUAACACCUCCCUAACUGCUGGUACGAAGUUUAUAUUUUAGUUCCACCAUUUGCAGAAAAUUCUGUGCCUUGUUCUGAAUUUUUUUUUAUUUUUUUGUUCUCUCCACACUGAAUCCGUGUUGAUCGUCAUUUGCAUAACCUCGUUGCUCCUUUUUUUUUUUUUCUUUCCCCUUUUCAUCUUUUUUCCCCACCACUUGUUAUUAUCAGCGUGCUGUCGGCUUUUGUAUGAGGGUAAAAUUACACAGCCACUUUAUUCAUUUCUCUAAAUGUGUCUGCACACACGCUCGACUCCUCUCCUGCAUAGCAAACACUCCUUCCAGUAUACUGUGAUUUGUCUCAAGCCAUUCCCUCUCUCUCUCUUUUCCCUCUGAGUUCUUAAAAGAAGUGAUGCAUGGAGUGCUGUAUGUCUCAUUGUACAAAAAGCCUAAACCAGACGUGUUUUAUUAGACUCCGCACCACCAACACCUUUAAAAAAACACAAACUAAACGAAGGUUUCAACGGGCUUCGGGUCACUUUGCCCCUUCACCCCCCUGCUCCCUUAUUUUGUACCAACAUAUUGCAGUUUCAUCCAUUUUUACGCCUGUUAUGACUAAACUGCUGGGAAAAGGGUCAAAUCUCACGCACACUUUCAUUUUUUCAUAUAUUACUCUGUAUCAGACCCUAAAUGUAUUUCUUUUUAUUCUCAUCCCUGUUGGAGACGAUUGAUUCUGACCCUUGAUCAAAUUAAAAUGCCGCUAAGUGAUUUCCAGUUUAGAGGUUUUAAGUGUCAUUUCCUCUAUAGAAGACGACGUCCUGACCACGUUCACCUCAAAUUGGACUCUUACAGUUUGGCCAACCCCGAAGUGUUGUGCUCAAACCAAAGUCUUGAAUAUGUAUCAAAGUAUCCCCUGUAUUAUUUACAGAGAAAUUGAAAUAAGCUUCUAAAUAGGAGCAGUAAAUGAUGCAUAAUCGGUCUGAAGCGUCCCGUUGCAGACGGCGCCGUCAUGUACGAAACGACCAAAACUCACAGGUACGAAAUGGUGAGGGAGCAAAAUGACCCGAAUCAUUGCGAAGGCAAACAUCUUAAAUUACAUUAAAGGUCUAUUAUUUACCUUCUGUUUUAUUUAAGUAGAAUUUCCCAGUAGAUACCAGCUUUUAUUGAAUUACAAAGAUCAGUUUCACUUUGUUUGUAUUUCCUCUCAAUCUAAAAUAUCAUUUUUCUUCCCAAUGGGGAAAGGAAGAAAAUGUUAAUUUCUUUAGGUGGUGAAAAUAAAUGUCCUGUGGAUGGAGGUGGGGGGGGGGGUGUAUCUGGUUUUAACAUAGCAGUACAGGAUGCUGGUGUUGUGUACAUUAAAGUAGUAGAAACGGCAGCCUUAACCAGUUUUAAAACUGAAACUCCUGUAAGUUUGACCUGCAGUCCUAGCAGGCGUCCAUCUGUGGGUUCAUAUAGUCUCAUAAACACAACAUGUAAAUGAAGCCAGUUCAAUCACAGCUGUAUUCUACACUAAUCCUUGCUCAAAAAUAUUUUUUACAACUUCCUAGCGUGACGACAGAACACCUCUCUUGGUUCUGUUGCAUCAAACUCACAAAGUUCUGCCAAGCGGAGAGGGAACUGAACGGCUCUGAGAGACACAUCACUCACCCUCAUCUUCCUCGCCCUCAUCUUCCUCGCCAUCCGCGCUUUCGCUUCGUCCCGGCGGCCUUUGAAUGCUUAAAUAUUUCACACGCUCUGCAUGUCUGUAUCUGUGCUCGGAACCGUUCAGCUUCAGCUUCAGCUUCACCUGCCGGUUCUGAACCAGAGUCAGUUUUGUCGUGUCAUGCCAAAAGUCUUUGUUUGCCUGUAAUAUAACUUUUUACACGCGUUGCGCUCCGUGCUGCUAACCCCGUGGUUUGCAUCAGUGCCCUGGCUCGUUCACAAGGCAGAGCGCCUGGUGGUUCUGUUCUGAUUAUUAUGGGCUCACACAGCAAGCAACCCCUUUAAUGAGUCCAGGACAGAUGUGGGUGGAUUAAGGCGGAGGUAGAGGUUGGUGGUCGGCCAUCUUCCACUGGGAAUAUUUUACUCCUCAUUUCACAUUUUGGUUGAGUCGGAUGUUUAUAUGUCCUCGUCGUUCGUAUGGAUGUCAUAUUAAUUCAGGGCUUUUAAUCAUUUAUUUAGCCUAUUAUUAUGAACAUUAAAAAAAAAAAGUUUAGCUGAAAAGGUUUGAGUUUGUGCAUUUUGUCUAAUCCCAAAAAGCAUAACAAUUAUAAAUAUAGGCAUAACUAUUUAAAGUGCCGCUUAAAAAAAAACAUUUUUUAGGAAAUGUUCAUAUAUUAAUGUCUAAUUUUUUGUGGAAAAGAAAGUGAUUUAAUUACAGAUAAACACAAAAAUGAACCUUGUUGCACUUAAGAACAUUAUUCCAGAAGUCCUAAUGACCUAGUUGUUUUUUAUUAUUAUUUUUUGCAUGGUUGCAUCGUUUUGACACUGUGUGAAUUUGAGAAGAUACACAAUGCAUUCAAACGGCCCUCUCUUGAUUGUAUUUGUCUACGCUGUAAAUUGGUAUGUUGUAAAAUCACUCAACUCUAGAAGAAGUCAAUUUCAAAUAAAUAUUCAACAGCACAAACAUAUGAGGAGAUUCCUGCCAAUAAUAGGUGAACAGCAUGAAGACCAGAACUGUGCAGUUUAUCAGCGUAUGCAUCAUCUCACCUUUCAGCUGCGUGGCCCUUAAUUAAUUAAUUAACACAAACCAACCUAAAGCAGGACGCUGAGAACUUUAAUCUUUAUGUGCUCUAAAAACAACUGAAUCUCUCCACCGCCUUUAAAUGAAGUUGUCAGCUCAGACAGGUUUUUUUUUUUUCCCGUCCUUCAUUUAAAAUUCUGAUUGACCUAUUGUCAGACCUUCUGACACACAGUUAGGCUGAUAAUCACUGAUAUAAUUAAUUAUGUACAGUUGCAAUCAGAACUGUUCAACCCUCUCAGCUCAAAUGACAUUAUAGUGAUGUGGAGAAAAAUUUAUCACAAUAAAUUAGAAAAAAAAAGCUUUAAAAUAAGUUUAACAUUGAAUGUUAAAUGAAAAGCACUUGUCCUGUUCUCAUCCCCACAAACUGUUUGUGUUUCAAAUUAUUUCAACUCAAUUUGAACCCUUUCAUGGGUGGAGUUUAUUUAUGCAUCACAGCUCAACUAAAUGAAGGAUCUCUAAACGGUUCCCAAAAGCUUAGUUAUGUUUCAUCUUCACUUUAAGCCACAAAACAACGACAUUGUGCAGGAGGAUAUUUGUGGCAUGCCUAUCUUAAUAUACAUCAUACAGUUUUGAUAUUAUUGAACAGAAAUAUUGUUCGUUGAAAAACUUAAACUCUUAAAUAUUUGGGGACUGAAUAUGCAGCUCUACGUUUUGCAUAUGCUAAACAUAUAUGAAUGCAACCAUUGGCGUUAUUGUGUCUGAAAUCUGUUCCCUAUUUGGCUCAUUUUGACAAUUUUCUUACACUGUAGGUAUAACUACAGAUUAUCCUAUUGGUAUUAUAUUUUAUAGUAUUUGUUCAUCACCAGUCCAGACUUAAGUGUGUAUAAAUAUCAGUCAAAUCCACUGAAUGUCCUCUUUGGGAAACUGAGGGAUUCCUGCUGUUGCUUGCCGUGUGUCCUCAUAUCGACCGCUUGUUCUGACACUUUUUAUUUUUUAUUUUUUAAAUGUGAAUCGCAUCAGUUUUUGUGAAUGCUUUAAUAUAUAAUUCUCACGCAUGAAGACACCAUUCGGGCUUCUUAUGUUGGGGAUUUGAAUUUGAGUUUUGUCUCGGAGGAGCGGAUUAGGUCUUUUGGAAAUGCAUUAUUGCAAAUUGAAUUUUUAUUAAACACGCCCCAUCUGUGCUUAUAAAAUGUUGCUUGCAGUCCUAGAAGGAAUAGUUGGUUAGCUGUAGCUGGGAGCUUCAUUUUUCAGCUUUUUCACUGGACAUGUACAUAUUAGUUCCACACAUGUUUCAUGUGCUCGAUUUAAUAAGUCACGUAUAAUUCAGCACCAUGUUUACACUGUAUGCUGACGACACUGUUUUGUGUUUGCGUAAACUGGACGGGUGGGGGUAGGGUAACGGGUUCUGAUUAGGUUAGAUGUUUCACAGUCUGGUGUCUGAAUAAAAAAAAAAUGACAAACAAUUAUCUGACUGGUUAUUGUUGCUUUAUGGAUCACAGAGCAGAUACCACUUCAUCUGUUAGGCUGCGACUUUGUGAUUUGUAUUCUACAGUGAGCGCUGUUUUGCUUCCAUGAUGAAUGGCAGCUUCCAUUUAGAUCAAAUUUCAACACAUACUUGUCAGUACAGGAACAGAGGGGGGGGUGUUGUAUUCUCCCUGCAGGCCGAUACGUUGAUUAUGACUUUUUUUCUUCUCACAAAACUCCAAAACCCUGGAGAAAUAACAUUUGGUACGUUGAAUUAGUUAAGAGAUUGGCGUAAACGACACAUUUGGUUACUCUAUACGUUUAUUUUCCUGGAUAUUCCCUGUAUAAUUAAAAAAAAAAUCACCAUGCACAUACAUUGUAACUGAGAUAGUUUCCUGCACAUUGGGUUCCUUUGAUAAUGUCCUGUCUCAGGUUCAUGUGUUGCUGACCGAUGUGAAUGCAUCUCAGGUAGAAUGCAAAGUUUAGGCCCCACCUGUCAACAACAUGAAAAGCAUGUACAAAUGCAUUCAUCAAGUCAAGAAGUGCAAACAUGUUUCUUUUUAGGUCCAGAAUUGGUGAGAUGUUUUGCAUAUACAGUAUGUUGUACAUGUUUUAUGUAUUUUUUCUUAAUAUUUGGUGCACUGUAAAAAUGUGUUGAAUAUU